UGAGCAUUUUUUGAGUAACUUUUCAAAGGCGAGCCGGUCCCAUUGAUCCUCAAAUGGUAAUACGGGGCGCGCGGAGAGGUGAAACACUAUUUCGAGUUUGAGGUGAGAAGCGCGAGCGACCGAGAGAAAAAAGGAGAGAGAGAAACAGAGAGACAAAAGCGUCUUUUCCGUUUUAAAAGUGCUUCACAUUGUGCUCAGAGUUUUUUAAGUGCGCGACGGCCUGCCAUGGCUGGAUUCAAGAUGGCGACUACGGCGUUCUGCCUGCUUCUGGCUGUCUACCAGGUCCAGCAGAUCAACGCGGUCGUGAAUAAGGGAUCGGUCUCGUCGCAGCCGUCGAAAGACGGCGCUAUUGCGUCUGGCGAGAACGACAGGAUUAGCAACUCGUACGGACCACCGCAACUCAACGACCUUUACGGCCCACCACCAGGUCCACCGAGGUUCCACGGACCCGCACCAGCCUACGGACCUCCACCCUCCGCCCCAGUUUACGGUCCACCACCGCCUCGGAAACCGAAGCCAAGCUACGGUCCCCCGAAGCCACAGUAUGGGCCACCAAAACCGCAGUAUGGGCCUCCGAAGCAGCAGUACGGCCCUCCCAAGCAGCAGUAUGGGCCCCCGGCCCCAGGCUACGAGGGCCCGCCGCCUCCACCGCCUUCAAUAAAGUACGGACCACCGCCUAAGAUACGGAAUCAGUACGGGCCCCCGAAGUCCGGCCACGGCCCACCGAUACCGAUUUCCGUUGAGACGUACGGGCCGCCCAAGAAGGAGGUUUCGAUUUCGUUCAACUCCGGACCUCCUCAAGAUAACUAUGGUCCGCCACCACCCCCACCCCCAUCGGUACAGAUUCCGCUGCGACAGGCGCAUCCCCCUCAACAGCAGUACGGACCGCCACCCGGUGUCCCGGCCCCGCCAACACCUCCGGACAUAAAGUACGAUGGGUGGCAGCCGAUCGCUGGAUUGGUUGGAACCCCGUCGGAAGGUGGACAUGCUGGUUACGGUUCGUCGUCGUCGUACUCGUCGUCGAGUUCGAGCUCAUCGUCAUCAUCCUACUCUCACUCGCACUCGCACUCGCACUCCUCAUCGAGCUCGGCGGACGGUGAAUUUCAGUCGGAUAUUCUCACCGGAGCGAGGUACCCGGCCGGAAACGUGCCGAGCGAUUCUUACGGUCAACCAAUCCACAGUGCCGAAGCUCAGGACUUGAAAUCAUCCGUACAGCAGUCCUCAGCGGCCUCUGAUAGCCACGGAUUGCCACCCCCACCUCUGCCGAGAUACGAGGAACACUCGUCGAAGGACUACGCCCACGGCUCAAGCGCCAAUUCCGAAUCACUCAAGCUCGAUCAGUAUCAUCAGCACCUUGAACAAGAGCAGCAGCUACAACUCCAGGAGCAACCGCUGCCACAGCCUCAGUACGGGGCUCCGAGCUUGUCCAUCGAACCCAGUGUUCAGUACGGCAUACCCAACCCCGAGCCGAUUUCCAUUGUGAAAACUGUAGCCUUCGAGCUGCUCCCGACGACUGAAACGCACCAGGGUGGCUCUGUGUCGUCGUUCGGCGGCGGCAGUUCCAUCGACGCAUUCUCAACCGGCGGCGCUAGCAUCUCUCUGCCACCGUCCGGUAGCUACGGCCUCCCAGUCAGCUCUGUAGACGGUGGUCUCGGUGUUGAUUUCAACGUUCAUUCUCUCGGCAGCAGCAUAGGCAGUAGCAGCAUAGGUAGCAGCAGUAGUUUUGGCGUUGAAUCAUCCCACGGACUGUCCAUCGGUGGGGAAUUAGUUCAACCUCCGCCUCUGACGUCCUCGCUUCCGAUUUCGGACACCUACGGCGCACCCCCGUUGUCGUCAUACUCGGUGAACGGACCGUACCCAGCGUCACAAGGGACAAGAAGCUCCGCCGGAUCGUUCCACAGCUCGUUCGGUUCCAACUUCCACAAACAGAAUUCGGGUGGACAUAACAGACACAGUCACAGAAACCAUGGACCCCCGCCAUUCCGUCAUGGACCCGCGUUUCCACCACCUAGCUCAUUUAUCCCCCCGAGGAACCGUCCGCCGAUUAAAUUCCGUAACCAGAUACCGCCUGAGGUGGUGAACGCUAUCAGGCAUUACGAUGUCCCACCUCAAGGUGGAGCAAACCAGCCCUUCAAGAUUCACGGGCUUCCCUCCCUGCACGGCGGAUCUCACGGUGGCGAUCAGCAGUUGCAUCUAACUUCGAACAGCCAGUUCUCGUCGGGCGGUGGAUACUUCGGCGGAUCCGGCGGCUCCUCAUUUGGCUCGAACUCGGCCUUUGCCGCUCCAAACGUCAAUUACGGCACGCCUCUGACCUUUAACUCUUUCAACACCCCAGCCCCUGUACUCACCUACGGCGCACCAAACUUCGGACCGACUCCCUCCUUCGUUUCAACUUCGACAUCGUCUGACGCGGGUAGCAGUUUGUACAGCAGCCUCGGCGGUAGUGCCCUGACCACCACCUACGGCACCCCCAUUCUACAGCAGCAAGUCCCCCACGACUGUCCUAGUCUCCAGAGAGGGAACCAAAACAUCGGAAACCAGAUUUCCCUCGAUACGAGUGGAGCGCAACACUCGUUCGGGUCAUCGACUUCGGGAUCCUCGGCGUCGAGCUUCGCGAAUUCCAUAGCGAGCUCGGUGUCUGGGUUGUCAUUCGGGUCACUCACCGGUGGCAGCGGGGUGGCACAUGUCGGUUCCGGAAGCGCCGCCAACUUUUACGACGCUCCAGCGGUGAACGAGCUCAGUUUGCAGGUUCACCAGCAGCCAAACACCGACCUCAAAGACAGCUACGGAAACCCGAUCGGCGUACGAUACGGCGUAGCUGACCAGAGCGCGGCAGCUCUGACCUCUAAUGAUAUCCACGUGUCGUCAAGCUUAUCCUCCGCGUCGUCCUCGUCUAAUCUGCUCACCAACCAGGUGCAGGUCAAUUCCAUACCCUACACCGGAAACUACCUCGGCGACGCCACAUCGGCGGAAGCUUUGACGGCCGCAUUGACGGCGCAAGGAUUCGGCCAGUCCAAGCAUGCGGAGCACGCUGUCGAUGCCAGUCGGUACCUUGAGACCCACGAGGGUAGCGAGGCUCUCGCCUUGGCCCAGGGCCUCACAGCAACCGGAACAGACGGAUUCCAGAUCCAGGGAACGAAGGGGACUUACUCGCUUCAGAUCCAGCCUGCUGACGGCGGACUUGGCACCGAGAAUUCCGACGGGAGCAUCCGGCAUGAACAGGUCCUUUCCAACGGCCUACUUCAGGACAUUCUCGCAGCGAUAGAGCAGCCCCAGAACGGACACGUCGAGGUCCAGGGUCCCCCGCAGGUUCAGCAUCUCGAGGAGGUCUACGGUGAUCUGGCACACGCUGCCAGUGGCAACAUAUACGGCGACGAGUCUCAGGCCAUCGUUGAGGAUCUGCUGAAGAGGACGGGGAACGCGGAUAAUCAGGCGAAGCACAUCGAGGUCGGGAAUGACGCGGAAAAUCGCGCUGACCAGAAGGCUGAGGCUUCGUCUGCGGACUCCGAGACCAGCGCAAGCGAGGACAGCAAGAUCGCUUUAUUCUUCAAGAGCAAUAACAGCGAGUCGAACAAUUCCAAGUCGACGUCUUCCUCGGAGGGUAAUAAAUCCUCCGAGUAGACGCGCCACCAGGGAUUAACCUCAAGUUCGUUUCACUUUGCCAUAAAUUAGUCGAUGAUCCACUUUCGCUACCGGCUGGGUAGUGACGAUGGUCCCUAAGACUAUUUCGGGGUGGGAACACCUCGAUUUUUCAUACAAUUCUCACUAGGGGUUAAGUUGUAAGUUAUUCUCUAACCUGACUAACCAGCGAACUGCAGUACGACGUACUAUCGCUGAUCCGAGCACGGGAUUGAUCCAGGCCGCGAGAGAAAAAGGACGUUAUUUCGAGUACCUAAGGCAAAAAGGAUCGUCUAGACGAGUAAUCGGUUCUUGCUGAGUUGCGUGACGCAGGGUGUGCCCCUAGAAGAAUCAUUGUCCGCAAUUUUCUUCGUCGGAAAAUGACGCGUAUCUCUCACGACUGCCGCUGUGCUUUAUAUUUCGUAAAUCAAACCAUGCCACGCCAUAAAUAUGCGUUCAUUGAUCGUGCGAUCGAUUCAUUCUCUCUUAUAUAUACAUACCCAUUAAUUUAUUACUCCACAAUAAGCCAUAGGAAUUUAUUUUUAUACUAUUACUCAUACUUCUACUUGUACCACUACUAUUACUUCGUAUCCAAUAAGCGAUCGACGAAUUUGAACCGCGUCAAUUCGGUGCUUCGUCAUUUCUCGUUGGAUCCAAACUUUCAUGUCUCCGAAGAUCACCCGCGAGUCUUGGUUGAAGGAUUCGCGUGUGAUAUGCUAGUUAUAUCUACGUCUGUUCAACGUGUCAAUGUACAUACUUGAAUAUAAAUAUAUAUAAAUACAUUUUGUAAAUAAA